AUGGCAGACGAUGUUGAGCUUGGCUCAUUCCCCGGGCUCACACCAACCGAUCGAGAGAACCUGGCAGGAGGAGAUGAGAAUUUCAAGCCACACGACUGGGACGAUCUCAUAGAUAUCAUAGCGACCAACAACCUCGCAAUACUGAAGCGGAAACCCUCACACCUACGCCGCUAUAUUAAAUGGACGAACCAGACAAAGAAUACGUACGGUUCUAUCACUGCAUUCAUACUUAGCGAGCGACUAUAUUGGAAGGCUCUACCCUUGGUGAAUGGAGAGAGUCCAUCGUUUCAGUGCAACAAUACCGUCCCAUUUACUGACCCCAACGACUACAAAAUCCUGCUAAAUGAUUGGCCCUAUGGGUUUACUUCCGACGUCACGCAUAUCGUUAUCUGGUCUAAGGUCCGCAUAGCGGAGCAGAAGCCGGAAGGCUACCUGAGACCGGAAUCGGCUGCCUUGGUUGAACGAUUCGUGCAGAGGACUUUCGUCGAACCUCUGAGCUCUCAACGAUCAAAGGAGGAUGUCGCUGGGGACUCUGACCGUCAGCAUGGUCGAGUGCUCUGGUUCAGAAAUUGGACCGGGCUGCAAAGCGUUCGGGGUUUGGAGCAUGUGCACGUCCUCGUCCGGGAUGCUCCCCGGGAUCUACUGGAUUCGUGGAUCGGAGAUCGACCUUAG